AUGCAAGUGUGGAGUGGAACCGAUUGGGAAACGUGUAAUUGUAACGGAAGAUCGAAUCGUUGUUAUUUUGACCGCGAUUUAUGGCUGAAGACCGGACACGGAGGUCACUGCGAAGAUUGCGCUGAUUUUACUUCGGGUCCAAAUUGCGAGCGAUGUCGAGACAACUACUAUACGGCACCCGAUAAUCGCUGUUUGGCCUGUAAUUGCGAUCCAAUCGGCUCGAUAAGCUUGCAGUGUAUCGGCACCGGUCAGUGUAUUUGUAAGCCCGGAGUGGAGGGCCAGAGAUGCGAUCGCUGUGCAGCUAAUUAUCAUAAAUUCUCGCAACAGGGCUGUAGUCCGUGCAGUUGUAACCCGUCGGGCAGUUAUAACAACACGCCCUCCUGUGACCAAAGUAGCGGCGAUUGUCGGUGCAAACAGAACGUUGAG